ACGAGAAUAGAAUAUGUCUGGACGUGGUAAAGGAGGAAAGGGACUUGGAAAGGGAGGCGCCAAACGUCACAGGAAGGUACUUCGUGACAACAUCCAGGGUAUCACCAAACCAGCUAUCCGUCGUCUUGCUCGCCGAGGUGGUGUCAAGCGUAUCUCCGGCCUGAUCUACGAGGAAACCCGAGGAGUUCUCAAAGUAUUCCUCGAGAAUGUCAUCCGAGAUGCGGUUACCUACACCGAGCAUGCCAAGAGGAAGACCGUCACAGCCAUGGAUGUCGUCUAUGCUUUGAAACGCCAGGGACGUACCCUCUACGGAUUCGGUGGUUAAGCGUCUUGCUUCUUGUGGACCUCUGGUCCCAAACCCACGGCCCUUAUUAGGGCCACAAAAUAUUUAAAAAGAGAUCACUCGUACAUAAUGUAUCGCUUGUUGUGUUAUGAUGUGUCCAGCAUAAUAUGACCGAAUACUAGUGCAGUUUUUAGUAACGUUCGUAGGCGGGCC